AUGACGGACACUUCUUCAUUUCCAAACACGAUUGAAAUUAAAACUCUCCUAGGUCAGUCCGUGAUGCUUGAUUUAGAGUCAUCGGGAACCUUUAAAACAAUUGAAGCCUUGAAAAUUGCAUCCAUGGAAAAAUUCAAAAUUCCAUCUAGUGAGUCCGUUCAUUAUUCAUUACUGAUGAACACAACUAAAAUUGAUGACAAAACGGAUAUGAGUGAAUGGAUUAAUGCAAAUAGAGGUAGCUUUAAAGGUUAUCUCACUCUCGUUAAAUCAGAUUCAGUCUUUUCAAAGGCCUGGUUUUGGAUUGGAGUUCAAGGCCUUUCUUCUAUUACUCUCACACUUGCUAACAAGUAUUUGUCCAUGAAGUUCACCUCUCCCCUUAUCAUAAUUACUCUUCAGAACAUUUUCAGCGUGUUUUUGUUUAUCUUAUUCGAUUGGAUAGCCAUCUUACCGUUCAAAAUGCCUAACAUGAAAGAAAUGGUAUAUUUGUUACCAACCAGCUUUUUCUUUGUCUUACUGACUUGGACCUCACUUGAGGGUUUAAAAAUUGUCAGUGUUCCAUUGGUAACAGUAACAAGAAAUUUGGUUCCCUUAUUGACAGCUAUUAUAGAAGCCUUAUUUUUCGGAUAUCAAACCAACAAUGUGAUUCGGUUGUCUUUACUUUCAGUUUUUAUUGGAAGUGUGUUUUAUAGUUUUACAGAUUUCACCCUUAAAUGGAAUGGGUUUCAUUGGGUUAUUUUGAACACUGCUUGUUCUGUGGUCAUUCCAAUUGCCGAGAAGAGGCUUUUAAAUAACUGGCUACCAAACCAAACUCCAACAGGAAUGAAUUUUGCAAGAAAUCUCCUCUCAAUUCCAAUGUUAAUAACCAUUUCCUUGAUGAAGGAAAAUUUUGAUGAUGUGAACGCCAUGUUCAAGUCUUUUGACUCUGGUGAUUGGCUUUCCCUUGUAGUCACAUCAUGCUUCGGUUUCUCCAUCGGCCUCUCCUACUUCUUCCUUCUUAAACUUGUUUCAAAUACCUCAAUUUCUAUUGCCAAUGCCACCUACAAACUAUUGACACUUCUAGUAAGCUUUUUGUUCUUUGGAGUGACCUUCACUGCCUUUGGUUGGAUUGGUGUCUUUUUAAGCUUUGCAGGAGUAUUUGCCUUCAGUUAUGAAUCGAGCAAGCCUAAACCAUCAAGCAAGUAA